AUGACUCCGUGGGAGGUAGCGACUCUGCUUUGCAGUGUUACGAUGAUGCGUCAUGAUUAUGCUAUCAUUGAUGUCCGCCUAGAUGACAGAGAAGGUGGUCACAUUUCUGGAAGUGCUCAGUGGCCUGCACAGACCUUCUAUGAUAACCUGCUGACAUUCUUCGAGCAGUUCCCCGGAACGACCCAAGUGAUCUUCCACUGCAACAGCUGUAGUGCAGGAGGUCGUGGACCACGAUGUGGGGGAUGGUAUCAGGACUACCUCGAUGACAAGGGACAUACGGAAUCCGCAGGGUACGUGCUGGAAGGAGGCAUCAAGGCCUGGCUCAAGGCGUUCGGCGAAGAGAGUACUAUGGUGGCAUAUGAGCAAAACUAA